AUGUCAGUGUCCAAGAAUAAGCUUUCCCAGACGGCGAAGUGCAAAUCACCCAAGGACUGUACCAAACUCACUGAAAAACGAGAGGGCAGAUGUACUGUGCGUUACAAAUGUGGCCCGCUUGGCACAAUACAGGAUGUUUUGAAACAAAGAGCUGGCUGGAUCGAAGUCAAGGAUGAUGGUCAAUGGGACUUCCAUUGGAGUGAUGUGGGCUGGCUGAGGGAGAACUAUGAUCAUUUAUACAUGGAGGAACAUGUAAGAAUAAACCACUUUCGCAACAAUUAUGAGUUGACUCGCAAAGACUUCAUGUUGAAAAAUCUAAAAAGAUUCAAGAAAAAUCUUGAACGUGACGCCAGCUGCCUGGAAGAAUCCAAAUGUGAUUUCUUCCCCUGCGCCUUCGUGCUGCCUAAUGAGUAUCAUCUUUUUGUUGAAGAGUUCAAAAGAAAUCCUGGUAGCACCUGGAUCAUGAAGCCGGCAGCAAAAUCUCAAGGAGCUGGUAUCUUCCUUUUUAAAAGAAUCAAAGACAUUGCAGAUUGGAGGAAGCAUGAUGGCACCCGCUCAGAGGAACAAAAGGAGGCAACUCAAGCUGAACUCUAUGUGGUACAGCGUUACAUUGAAAACCCCUAUCUGCUUGGUGGUAGGAAAUUUGAUCUGCGGGUCUAUGUGAUGGUCACAUCGUUUUUUCCCUUGAAGGCAUGGCUAUAUCGAGAAGGUUUUGCUCGCCUCUCAAGCACACGUUUCUCCCUAAAUAGUAUUGAUGACAAAUAUGUUCAUCUCACUAAUGUAGCUGUUCAGAAAACAGCACCUGACUAUGACCCAGAGAAGGGUUGUAAAUGGAAGAUAGAAAAGCUCCGGAGAUACCUGACUGCAAAGCAUGGCGGGCAAGCAGUUGAAACUCUGUUCAGAAAGAUGGAUGAGAUCUUCAUCUACAGUCUUCAGAGUGUGCAGAAGAUCAUUAUAAAUGACAAACACUGCUUUGAGCUCUAUGGCUAUGACAUCAUGCUAGAUGAGAACCUCAAACCGUGGUUAAUUGAAGUAAAUGCCUCCCCUUCACUGACACCAAGUAGCCAAGAUGAUUAUGAGAUGAAGUACAGAUUGCUGGAAGACACUUUAAAUGUUGUUGACAUGGAAGGAAGGUUCUCUGGGAAGGAAACGAGAGUGGGUGGAUAUCAACUCAUGUGGAAUGAUGGGCCUGUGUUUCGAGAGGACGUCGACCCAACAAUAUUUGGGUGUUCUUGUUUAAAGGCUAACACGUACUUAGGUUGA